AUGUCAUUCCACUCGACUUCUGAAGGAGGUAACCACUCCUCCAGCGAUAAUUCUCCGAAUGGGGUACCACCUGCAGUCCCCGCCACCGCCCCGCGCCCGUCAAUCGAUUCCGCGAGCUCACGAAGCUGUGUAACCUGCCGCCGUCGCAAGGUUCGCUGUAACAAGCGAUCGCCCUGCUCCAAUUGUGUCAAGACAAAUGUCGAAUGUGUCUUCCCUCCACCAGGUCGCGCCCCACGCAAAUCCAAGCGCCCGCCCGAUGCGGAGCUUCUUUCUCGCCUCCGACGUCUGGAGGGUGUUAUCCAGCAUUUGAGUGAUAAAACUGGCGAGGCAGGCUCAGUUUCGAGUCUAUCACCGAUACAGACAGCUUCUUCUACUCUUCCGUCUGCUGCCCCUACCAACACGACCGCCAAUACGUCACCACCUGCAUCUAUAAAUCCUAAAACCUCCGUCGAUUUCAAAGCUCAGAACGGUGUUUGUCCGUUUGAGGAUAAUGACCCCAAGAAGCUUGCUCCAGGCAAAUUUGAGAAUGAGUUUGGAAGACUGGUCAUUGAAGAGGGUCGGAGCCGAUAUGUGAGCAAUCGACUGUGGGCCAGCCUUGGAGAUGAGGUCGAGGAACUUCAAGAUAUUCUCGAUCAUUCCUCGUCCGAAGAGGAGGAUUUUCCAUCCCCUGAUACCUCCCAUUCGGGUUCUCAGGAUGGCUUUCUCUUUGGUUACCAUUCCCUAGCACACUCCCUGCGAGAGUAUCAUCCACCGCUACCCAAGGUCUCAAAGUUUUGGGAAAUUUACAAUGAGAACGUUGCUCCCUUAAUCACCAUUCUUCAUAAACCGACCGUCAGAGGCCUCUUGAUUGAAGCGGCGCAGCACCCCGAAGCCUUGGAUAAGAACUCGGAGGCCCUGGUAUUUUCCAUAUAUCUAUCCGCCAUUGUUAGUUCAAAGCCUGAGGAUUGUCUGGCAAAACUCGGAGAAGAUCGAAAAUCAGCCGUCAAACGGUAUCGAUUCGCUGUUGAACAAGCCUUGGCGAGGGCUGGCUUCCUCAACACGCAGAGUUUGGUACUUUUGCAGGCAGCAAUUCUGUUUCUGAUAUGUAUACGCCGAGAAGAUGACUCCAAGUUUGUUUGGUCCAUGGAUGCUAUCGUUCUUCGAUUGGCUCAGGGGUUGGGUCUCCACCGAGAUGGUACCAACUUCGCAUUGAAGCCGUUUGAGACCGAAAUGCGUCGUCGCCUGUGGUGGCAUAUCUGCCUUAUGGAUAUUCGGUCCUCUGAAGAUCAUGGGACCGAUCCGCUCAUUCAUGAGAGUAUGUAUGACACUCGGCUACCGUUGAACAUCAACGAUGAUGAUCUCUACCCCGAAAUGACAGAGACACCUACGGAGCGAGAGUGUUGCACUGAUAUGACUUUUCUUCUCAUUCGUUGUGAAAUCACAAGUGCUUUGCGACGAGCAAACUAUACUUGCCCCGGCAGUCGAUUUCGUAUGGGUGACCCCGGUCCAUCUACGGAGCGUUGCGAACGGAUGAUCCAGAUAAUCAACAAUCGGGUUGAGGAAAGGUACAUCAAGCACUGUGACAUGAACAUCCCUCUUCAUUGGGCAGCUGCAACUGUCGCACGACUUAUUUUGGCCAAGUUGUGGCUGAUUGUCCACCAUCCCAUGACCCGGAAAGAUCGCUCUACCAACGUAUCCCAAACAACUCGUGAGAGCUUGUUCCUGACUGCCAUCGAGGUCCUCGAGUUCGGGCGUCUUCUCGAAACUGACCCCAAAACAGCCAAGUGGGGGUGGCUAUUCCGAACCAACAUGCAAUGGCAUGGAGUCGCAUUCGUUCUAUCAGAAGUAUGCGUCCGACCCAUUUGUCCUGUCACAGACCGGGCCUGGAAUGCCAUUCACGCUCUUUACUCUGAUUGGACCAUAUAUGGUUCACAUAAAAAAGGUAUGCUUUGGCGCCCAUUGGAUGCUUUGAUGAAACGCGCCGCCGCUACUCGAGCCAAAAAGCAAGAAGAGCUGCGAGAAAAAUUUGGACCAAAUCCUCAGCCAUCAUUUAACACGACUCCUGAUUUUGCAACUACACACCAUCACACCCUCCCGCAAAUUCACAUGCCUCUGGACUCACCAUCCAUUUCCCCUGGUGCCUCAAGACAGCUCUCGAUGGCUAAUGAUACUGGGAGCAUCGAUCUCAGCAAUGGGCCAUGGGGUGCAUUGCGGAGCAUCUUCCCUGAUACCAAUAUCUUAGCUCCGGCCACUGCCGAUAAUCCACCAAUGGCAGAUCCUGUUACUGCAAACAUCCUGCCUACAGGAUUGUCAUUCAAUUCUCCCAUGGGCAUGAGCAACGAAUUCAUGACCCAAGACAAUAUCACCGAACCAGCUCCCUUGAAUUGGGAAGAAUGGGACAGUGUCAUGCGAGAAUUCCAGAUGGAUGUCGAAAAUGACACCACGACCGCAGGAAACGUUUCCAGUGUCACCGGAUGGUUUGCAUAG